AUGGCAGACCACGAUGCCGCGCAGGCCCCGACCAAUGGCCACAGGCUGUUGACGCCUGAGAGUCGCUCAAGAGCCAGCUACGAGACGGGCGAGUCGAGCGCCACGGGCAGUCUGCGCGAUGCGACACCUUCGUCGUCGGACCGCCGUCUGCUCGAGGUGCCUCGCACCGACGACCUGCCCCGGAGCUUGAGCCCCGACUACGAUCGUCUCGCCAGCACCGCGCCGAUACCACGAGGGGCGAGCCUCCGAAGGAAGAUUCGACCUCGUUCCGGCGGCGGGUUUCUGCUGCAGGACAAGGUCGCCGCGCACCGAGACCUAAGUCAUCGACACUCUGUCCGCGAAUCGAACCAUCACAAGGCGAGAGCGUCGCCCGCGCCGCGCACUCCCGAGUCCUCACGAGCCAGAGCCGACCGAGGAAACAAACCCAGAGAAUCCUCCGAUGCUGGGUCUGGGCGCAGCGCGAGAUCGCCCAACGGCUCGCGGGGUAAAUCGCCCGCAGCCUCGCCGGGAGAGGAACUCGACGAUCCCUACUCGCAAUCGCCGCUGCCGAAGCAAAACGCAGCCGGGCUCGAUGUCGAUUCCGCACAGAUUGUGCACAUGGCUCUCAACCUUUCCGAAUCUCGCAGACUCGCGGCGCGCCGCAACGUCUCGCGCGGGACGCCACCGAGACUCGCACCCGUACCGGACGGCAGCUCUGGCAGUGCCUUGCGGCAGCACUUGCAGCAGCAACGCCGAACAUCAAGAAACCUAAGCCCGAGGCCCGGUCAAGCCCUUUCGCCUAGGGUAUCGUCCGGCGCGGCAUUGGGAACACCUUUGCAGGCAUCGUUUGAUGCAGGCCACGACGCCCAGUACCGAUACCAUUUCUCCCCAUCGACUUUGGCACGAGCGCAAAAGGCAAAGGAGCACCUGGAGCUCAUGGCGCAAUACAGGCGGCUCUUGGAAACGCUACCGCCCCUGAAACCUGGCUUCGAACGGCAAAUGACGGCCAUCAGCCCACCAGCUACGGCAGUCGCCAGCCGAGGCAUCAAGUUUGGAUCACGCGAUCCGCCACCGCCGGCUCUCGGCCGCCAGUACAACCCCUUGCAAUACAUCCGCAAUCGCAAGAUACGAGCGCGGGAGCGCAAGGUUAUCGAUGGAGAGCGGCAAGGAUUCGGAGAUGUCGAGGGCGUCCGGUUGUGGGUGGACAAGGUCUAUUCACGAUCGUCAUCCGUCGACUCAACCGCAGAGGGAGAUGUAUUCUCGAUGCCCCUGUACCCUGGUGCCGACGACGCAGAGACUCAAGCGUCGCCAGAUGCCAACUCAAAGGCGGUGACCCGUGUCCGCCGCCCACGCGUUGACUGGUUCAUCGAGCCAUGCGACAUGAUUGCUGACGCGUACUGGCUGGAACGAAACGACCAUAAGCACCUUAUCGAGGACCGCCAGUGGCGCAAGAUCUUCCCUCCGCCAGCUGAGCUGUCCCGGCCGGCGACCCGGGAAGCCGAGGACAAGUCCUUCCUUGCUGCCCUAGACGCAGACACCGCUCAAGAUCCGCGAGGCGCGAAAAUCACAAAGGUAGACACGGGCAUGUCUCAAGGCAGCACCAAAGACCGGGCCAAACAAAAGUUUCAGAACAUGCGGGCAUUCCCGCACCGGCACACUGGUUCCAUUCCAGUUCAUCAUCACGACUUCUUGCGGCUCACGAAGGAUUCUGCGUCGGACCUGUCAGAAAGUGAGAAUGAAGGUCACGAUGAUAUUCGGCGAAAAGGCAAGGUUGGCAGGCGUGGGACUAUCUCGAGCGACGCCAACGACCUGCUGGAGAAACAGAUGCUGGAAAUGGUCGCAAAGGAGGCUCGCGAACGUGACCUGGCCGAAUCUGCCAUCGAGCCAGAUAAUGCCAUCUCACCGAUGGCCACGAUACCCGAAAAGUCUGCCUUAUCACCGCCACCUAGUCGCUUUCAUAGUAGACAGGGCUCUUUGGCGGAUGCCAGCGAUUCGGAUGGCAGAGGCGCCCUGAACAUAUCACGGCUGCCUUCGGCACCCCAGCAUCAGCAGGCUCGUCACGAUGAUGCCACGUCGAGGAAGGCGCUUCAGAAAGUCUCUUCGAUGCCUACGUCUCCAGAGCUCCGCCCGUCCAAAGAUGGAGGGGAGCCUGGCCUCGUCAGCACGCAGCUUUCGCCUUCGUGGAGUCGUGCUGGGUCACCGCCUAGGAAUCCGCUCAGCAAGAUCAGGCAUAUCAUGCGAGACAAGAAUGGAGAUCUCGCAAACUCACCCUUGGUAUCCGAGCUGGGUCAGGAUGGAGAUUAUCGCAUAUCGACCACAGAGCUCGCUGUGACGCCGGACAAGGCUGCCGUGCCGGAUAGACGUCGGUCCAGCCCAACCAAAAAGUCAACAUCCGAGCGAACGUCGGAACCGUGGCGAACGCAUCGAAGCUCGGGAAGUCUACGUCUGCGUCCGGAGGAUCAAAGCCGCCGCGGGAUGUUCAAAGGUCCUCGGAUCGAUACUGUCAUUCGAGGAGGCGUCUCAAAGCUGGGGGAUAUGCUCUGGAAGAAGGAGGGAUCGGGCGAGUCUCAACCGGAAAUGGAAUCGACUGACGAAUCGGAAAGUGAGCGUGCGAGGGGGCGCCAGAGGAGUUCCCUGUCGUUGUCUGGAAAGGAAAACAGUGCGACACCUGAUGAGAACCGCCAGUUGCCGAAGCAUUUCUUGGACGCAAUGCCUGAGUUCAAUCACGCCCCCGGACACUCGCGCAGCACAGGAGAUGUGACGCCAUCGGGAUCCGCGAACCACAGCCGCAAAUCAUCGCGUUUCGACCUUCUCAAACCUCCGCGGAUCGACCCUCGAAGCGCGUCAUCGUCAAUCUCGCCGCCCAGCAUCAGGAGAGGGCGCCUCGGAGACUCGGACGUGUCUGAGUCAGAGUCAAGGCACGGGAGCGUUUCAGAUCAAGUCCGCGAUGCGGAUAAGAGACUGAAUGAUGCCCUUGCACCGCCAACAUACGAUGAGGACGGCCGGCGGCAGAGUCGACACUGGUCAAUCGCGGACAAAGAGUGCUCUACCGAGCAGGCCCAGUUGUCGAGGCGUGAGAUUGCACGCAUGAAAGCGCUCAUUUUGAGCUCUGGUAUCAAGGCCUUGGAGAUCAGCAGGCGGGCGAAUGAGUUUCACAAACCGUUCGGCCAUCAGAGUCUGGCCGCCAAGGGGGCGCCUGUGGGAACGACCUGCGCUGGAUUUGGCUGGUCUGACAUUGCCCAACUCAGCGACGACAAGCAGCUCUCGACACGGAAGGUCACGUUCUGCGAGUUAUACCCACUGGCAGCGCAAUGCCUCGGAGGCGCCAUCCAGGCGUCGGGCCAGCGGUGGCAAGUGUCUGCCGACCGCUUCGCGCACAGGACGAGUCCCGAUCUGCAGCAGCGCAUCGGCGAGAUGCGCUCCCGCUUGGUCGACGACCUAUCCGAGAUGGCGCGCGCGGCAGCCGACCAGGCUGAUGAAACGGGCAGAGACCUCGCGCUCGGGCAGCCACUCAAGGUGAAGCACGUGGUCGACGUCAUCGAGAAGAUGAUGCGCAGGAGGCGUCGCCGAUUACGCUGGCUGCGCCGCGCCUUGUGGCUCACGGUCGAGUGGCUGCUCGUCGGGUUCAUGUGGUACGUGUGGUUCGUCGUCAUGAUCCUGCGCAUCUUCCUCGGCGUGGGCAAGGGAGUAUGGAGGGGAGUCAGGUGGCUAUUGUGGUUGUAG